GUGUGACCCAUUUACCACGUGCCUAGGAGCAUUCAUCCAAUUUCUAACCAAGGCCCAAACCCCAUCCCCGUAACGCUCGCCUGAGUCGUCGGAUCCGGUCUUUCACACCCAAUUGGAUUUGAGCCGAGGCAUGUGAGAGCGUCGACCGAAGUGAGACACAGACACGACCCUUGGACCACAAAGGCCGAGCGAGCUCCCCCAACAUCAGACAUACGACCAACUGCCAGCGCACUACGUACAACCACCACCUUGCUAUCCUUCCAUUUGCAACGCUUUCAAGAUCGCCUAUACACGCGUACAGGGUUCCUUCUUAACUUGAAAAGAGGUGUUAUAGAGAAGAUGGUUUCAGCGGGCGAGAAACCAGCGGCAGGGGCCGCGGAGGAGUACAAUUACGAGUACUUCAAUGUGUCAUUCCCGCAGGAGUACGUGGCGCAUGUGGAGAUUAGCCGGCCGGAGAAGCUGAAUGCGUUUGUUGAGAAAAUGUGGCUCAACAUCUCCGCCAUCUUCGCCCGCCUCUCCCACAACCCUUCGGUCCGCGCCAUCCUCCUCACGGGCGCCGGCGAGCGCGCCUUCACCGCCGGCCUCGACGUCCAGGCCGCCUCCCAAGGCGGCUCCAUCAUCAACCCCCUCUCCCCGAGCCCGGACGUCGCGCGCAAAGCCAACACGCUCCGCCGCGACAUCCUCGCCUUCCAGGCCUGCAUCACGGCCCUCGAGCGCUGCGAGAAGCCCGUCAUCGCCGUCCUGCACGGCAUCUCGUACGGCCUCGCGCUCGACCUCUCCCUCGCGUGCGACGUCCGCCUCGCCGCCGCCAGCACCGCCUUCUCCGUCAAGGAAGUCGACAUCGGGCUCGCGGCGGACAUCGGCACGCUGUCGCGCCUGCCGAAAGCCGUCGGCAGCGCGAGCUGGGUCAAGGACGUGUGUCUGAGCGCCCGAGUGUUCGGGGCCGAGGAGGCGCUGCGGGUGGGCUUGGUGAGCGGCGUGUAUAAGGAUAAGGGCGCGGCGGUGGCGGCGGGCGCGGAGCUGGCGGCGGCGAUUGCGAGCAAGAGCCCCGUCGCGACGGCGGGGACGAAGGAGUUGCUGAAUUAUUCGCGGGACCGCACGGUCGAGGAGGGGUUGCGGUAUACGGCGGUGUGGAAUAUGGCCAUGGUGCAGACGGGGGAUGUCAAGGAUGCCUUGUUGAGUGGGUUGAAGAAGACGAGGCCGGUGUUUGCGAAGUUGUAGGCGUGGGGAUGGGGAUGGAGGUUGAGGUGAGGGAUGUAUCUACGCAUGUAUUCACGAAGCGUGGCGAUACGCUCAGGUGGUGUGAAGUAAUACGUAGGUGAUGU